CUUGCUCCCUUUCCCCUUCCGGUUUCCUCACUCCUCCCCAUGCAAGGUUAGUGCACUCUCGAAGUGUGGCGUGGUCUCGAUGUAUCGAGCGGUAUAGAACUGAGCGCCCGGGUGUUCAACGUAGUACAGCUCUCGGCGGAGAUAAAUGGUGUCGGAGCAGUCGUGGUUGCACUCAUCCAACCUGUCCUUAUCGAACUCCCUAUGCGGCUCCGCCAUAGCGUCGUUUUCUCCGCACAAUAUGCACCUCAAGCAGUGCCAUUCGAAGCCGUUACACUCCUCCAUGAACUCUUGGACGGUGACAAGCCUGGCCCAGGUGGAAACCAGCUUGAGGAAACACGCGCGGAGCUUGCCCUCUCUCCAAUCCCACAGGUCGUGGCACGGGACCAUCUGUCCCAGGACUAGGCGGAUAAGCUCAAUAUGCUCGGCGGUUCUGUCCAAUGCCUUCUUCUGCCGCUUACUUAGAAGUGCGCGCGUAUCUUUUGUUGGCCCGGCCGUCGAUAUCACUGUCGCCUUCCCUCUUCCUCUUGCGCUGCUGCUUGCCGCUAAGAUUAGCAGAAGGCACUGUGGGCUGCUGCGUAUCGGGAAGCGACCGAAUGCUAGAAUCGACUUUCGCUUCAAGGUUGGCGAUUGUUGCUUCUAAAUCUUGCUGCUGCUUCUUCAUCUUUGCGAUUUCCCUCCUGAUUGACACCUCUUCGGUCAGAGUGUUUUGGGCAUCAUUCGGACGUUCCUCGAGGCGCCGGGUAGGCGUGUCCUGUUUGGUCUGGGACUUGGGACUGGAAUCCGCCAUGUCCGCUGACUUAUGACCGGCAGGGUAUUUGACUUUCUUGAAUGAUUUCAUGGUUUAUCUCGCCGCAGGUGUCGAAGUUGAAUGUUGCGUGUUGCUGGGAGAGAGCCUGAAGUUUUAGUAAGAGUGAUUUAUGCCUACUAUGCUCCAAAGGAGAGGGAGGCGAAAAAGCGAGAGUCGGUUAUGAACUUCGAAAAUUUUCUGCAAGCACCAGAUAUCCAAC